GCAAGUUUCCGUAAAUCAGCAGCAAGUGUAGCUUCUCCGAUAUCGAUGGCAAGUACAACGGGAACAUUGAAAAAUAUUUCUGGAGUGUUGGUUGCAAUGCACAAAGGAGUCCGAGUUGCAGUUAAAGUGGUUCCUGUCAAAAAAUUUUCCAUAAACAGAGCCUUACUCAUGGAACUGAAACAAAUGAGAGAAACACUUCACGAGAAUCUAAGUCGAUUUGUUGGAUUGUGUACUGAAGAACCCAAUAGAGCCAUAAUAACGGAAUUAUGUUUACGAGGUAGCUUGCGAGAUUUACUUGAAAAUGAGGCCAUACAAUUAGAUUGGGUCUUUAAAUAUGCCAUGAUUACUGACAUUGCUGAAGGAAUGGGUUACCUUCACUCUUCACCGAUACAGUUUCAUGGUAACCUCAACUCCUCCAAUUGUAUCAUCAAUGAAAGGUUCACCGUGAAAAUAACAGAUUAUGGUAUCAGAGAGUUUCGUAAGCAGAUAGAUCGUAUGGAAGAUUUUAAUCCACGGAAAUUUUUCUGGAAAGCUCCUGAGCAUUUACGUGAACGAGAUCCAUUCAAUACUGGUUCCCAGAAGGGUGAUGUUUACUCGUACGCAAUCAUUUUACAGGAAAUAAUCACUCGAUCAGGUCCUUUUGAGUCAAUGGAGAGGCUUGGGCGUAAACGAGCACACAUGGAACCAGACGAGAUUUUAGAUAGAAUCAGGAUGGGCAUGGUUCCACCCUUUCGCCCUGAAGUGUCAGCCGAUGAGGCACCAAGAGAGUUGAUUAGAUUGAUGCAUGCAGCUUGGCACGAAAAUCCUGAUAGCAGGCCUGACUUUGCCACAAUAAAGCCUAUACUCAAACGCAUUACCAAAGGAACCUCGUCACGAAAUUUGUUUGACAAUCUGCUCAGUCGUAUGGAACAAUACACAAAUAACUUGGAACGUAUGGUUGAAGAGAAGACGGAAUCGCUGAUGGAAGAGAAGAAAAAGACUGAAGAACUGUUGUACCAAUUAUUACCACAAUUUGUAGCAGAAGAGUUGAAGAAGGGUAGCCAGGUUUAUCCAGAAGCAUUUGACGCUGUUACCAUAUUUUUCUCGGACAUUGUUGGCUUUACCAAUAUAUCAGCUGAAAGCACACCACUUCAAGUAGUCGAUUUACUUAAUUAUUUAUACACUACAUUUGAUAAUGUAAUUGAAAAAUAUGAUUGUUACAAGGUUGAGACAAUUGGCGAUGCUUAUAUGGUUGCAUCUGGUUUACCAAUAAGAAAUGGCAAUGAUCAUGUUAGAGAAAUAUGUCGAAUGGCUUUGGAAUUGAGAAACUCAAUGCGUAAUGCUAAAGUUCCACAUGAUCCUGAAAAGACUCUAAUGGUUCGUAUUGGUAUCCAUUCUGGUCCAUGUGCUGCCGGCGUUGUAGGCCUUAAGAUGCCUAAAUAUUGCCUUUUUGGUGAUACAGUUAACACUGCGUCAAGAAUGGAAUCUCAUGGAGAACCUCUUAAAAUUCACAUUUCAAAAGCUACAAGAGAUAUCAUUGAACAAUUUUUCAGAUCUUUUAUAAUUGUUCCAAGAGGAGAAAUUGAAAUCAAGGGCAAAGGGAUAAUGAAGACUUAUUGGUUGGAAGGAGAGGUCAUAGAUGCAAAUCAGAAGACCACAGGAAGAUGAUGAUAAUGAGUCAAUUUAAAUCAAUUUGGUUCCAAUGAUAAUCAAAUUAUACAAAUAAAACAAGGAUUAAGGUCAAAGGAGGUACAAAGACGACACUAAACAUGAAAAACAAUCAACUGAUACCAACAAUUGUAACCAAAAACAAAAACCUAAACAAAAAGAAAGCUACAUACGGGGGACGUUGCGUUAUUACAAUUGUUAGAGGUAAAAUUAUGAUGACAAUGAUUAGGUAGGUAAAUGGUAUUUCGUGAGUCCUGUUUUUUUUGGUAAAAUAUUAUAAAGAAGCAGACGAUGGAAGAUAAAGGCAACAGAAGAUGACAAUUUCUGAUGAUCACCGUGAUGGUUAAACUGUGAAGUUGAGGUUACCAUUUUCAUGUUGUUAGACCAACAAGCCAUAAUUUACUCUGGAACAAGCUUUUUGAUGGAAGAACCAGAAUAUUAUCUCCAAAUAAAUGGAAGUUGAACGAUGAAAGCGAAACGAAAUGUUGUGUUAUUACAUGAUAUAACUAGUUAUAUACAUACAAUAAGAUGUAAUAGCAAUGGAUUGAAAGCAUGAACCAUUAUAAUAACAUGAGGAUGAAAACAAAAGGAAAGAAUCAAAAUUAAGACGAUGAAAGGAGUAAUGUCAAUGGCUUGCUAAAUUCAGUUAACCGUGAUUGCCUUAAGGUAAAAAGUCGAUGAUGUUAAUAGUGUUUAUGUUUAAUUUUCAUCUCAAUUUUUGUCAUUUUCAUCUUCAUCAUUAACAUCGUCAACAUCACCAUCAAACCUGAUCAUCAUUUCCACCAUGCGACUUGUCCAUUAAUAACUGCUUCUAUUAAUAUACCUUUUUUUUCACCAGGCAAAGUAAGACUUUAUUUGGUUUGUAAAUGAUAAUCAUUAGUAUCAUUAAAUUGUGACAAGUAGUUGAACAUACUAACACCUACAUUAAGUUAA